AUGCCCUCAGUCCCAGGCGAGCAUACGGGCAUCCUGCGGGAGGAAAACAUUGCCCUCCGCCAAAUCCUAGGAUACCGUCUCGAAUCCCUCCACCCCGCUCCGCCAUACAGCCCACCCCCAAUCAGCCACUACAUCCCAGGAACACACAUCAAGGACGUCCUCCUCGUCGCCGUAGACGUCGACACAGGCGGGGGCUACGAAGUCAUUUCCCCAGGACAAAGCUUCCACAUUGGUGUCUCCAUCUUCGAUACCCGCCGACUCACAACGCAGCUCCGCGAUCCCGGGGCCGCCAUCACCUCUCACCAAUUCAUAAACACGGAUUCACGGCCAUGCAAGUGGGCCGCCAAGUCGUUCCUCUUCGGGGACACGGAGCGCAUUGCCCUUCCCGAGUUCACCACGAGGUUCGCCCACCUCACCGCCGGCAGGGCGUACGUGCUCGUCGCCCACGGGACGCGCGAGGAGGUCAAGUUCCUGAACAACCUGGACCCCGGAAUCGCCAGCCGAGCCGCCUACAUCGUGGACACGGUCAAGGCUGCGCAGUACCCGCUCCAGCUCUACUACCGCUACAGCAUAGAGAAGCUCUUGGACGAAUUCGCCAUUCCCUACGCGAACCUCCACGCUGCCGGGAACGACGCACACUUUGCCCUCAAGGCUCUGCUCAUGAUUGCCGUGCGCGAUGGCCGCAUGGCGCCCGAGACUGCCGCCGCCAACGAAGAGCUGUUCCGCACCCUCGACGCAAUUGCCCAUGCCCCCGUUGCGCUCCCCGUGUGGAUUGAAAAGCCGGCGGAUCCGAAACCCAAGAAGACGAAGCUGGGUAUCAAGGUCAAGCGCCGCCUGAAAAAGGCGAGAAGGGAGGCUAGGCGCAUCUUCCCUGAAUUACCCUACUGUGAGGAUUUGAACGAUGAUGGCUCCUUUUCCGGCAUGACAUGA